AUGGGGCGUCGGUUGCUACGCGUCAGCAUGGCAACCGGUAUUUGGCACGGGGUUGCUGCUCUCGUCUUUUCUGGCAGGUGGCCAGUUCGGCUCAGCUUGGUUUGGUUUAGCUUGGCUUGGUUCAGUUCAGCUCAGCUCUGCUCUGCUCAAUUCAACUCAACUGUCUUGCUCUCUUCUCCUUGGUACAUUUCAGUUGAGUUCACCUCGGGAAAUGCGGGGUGGGGCCUGACGGAUUAUCCUGCUCGUCACCAGAGGAUCGAGAAAGCGGACAUUCUAAAUAUGUGCUACAACGUGCUUCAGGGCAUCGCCAACAUCGUCCAAGAACAGCCGAGUAAGCAAAUUCGCAUGCCGCAUACAUUUUUCACUAGAAAUAUCUGUUCAGAUGCAUGA